CUUUUCUAAUCAGUUUCAGUGUGAUAUCAGUUGAGUGAGGUUCUCUUUAGUUAAAGCACAAAGUAUGGCAAGUGAAAGUGAUAAGAGUGUGCAACAGGAUGAUCUCGACGCGAUUUCCACACUUGUGGAGAAAGUGAAGGCCACCUUCAUUCCUGAGCAAUCGUCAGAUGUCCAGCUGAAAUCUGUGGCCGCCGACUCGGAGUACUAUGACAUGACGAAUAAGAAGCGCGGCGUGGCGCUCAUCUUCAAUCACAGGGACUUCAAGAGAAUGCCAACGAGGAUGGGUACGAAUAAGGACCGCGAUCGCAUGGAGGAGGUCUUCAAGCAGUUGGGCUUCGAAACGCGCGUCUUCAAUGACUUGAGCCGCAAAGAAUUGCGUAAUGUGCUGGAGAAAGUGGCGCAGGAGGAUCACUCGGACAGUGACUGCUUGGCGCUGAUUGUGAUGACACACGGAGAGACAGGAUAUCUAUAUGCCAACGAUGACAGCUACAAAAUCGAGGAGUUGUGGUUCGAAUUCAUGGGCAACAAGUGCAAAAGUCUCAUUGGGAAGCCAAAAUUAUUCUUUGUCAACGCUUGUCGUGGCGAGAAGUUCGAUCACGGCGUGACGUUCUCCAGAGUCUUCACGGAUCAGGUGGACUCGACUGCCCGCGAAGUGACCUACGCCAUUCCCUCCGUGGCGGACAUCCUCGUCACCUAUUCCACCUUCGACGGCCACUACUCCUGGCGCAAUCCCGAGAACGGCUCGUGGUUCAUCGAGGUGCUGUACGAGGAGUUGAAGAAAUUCGGCUCAGAGCGUGAUCUGCUCACGCUGCUCACGGGUGUCAAUCGACGCGUGGCCUAUGAAUAUCAAUCCAAUGUGCCGUCCAACCAGAAGAUGGACUCGAAGAAGCAGCAGCCAUCCAUCGUGAGCAUGCUCAACAAGAUUCUCUACUUCACACCAAAGAAGGGCAACGAAUAGUGACUCAACUGUGGAAUUUAUACUUAAUCUUAGAGAAAUUGCGGCAAAUGUGAUGUUUUUUCUUGCCCUUUAAAGAUAGUGACAACUAUGUAAGUGAAUUUUGAAGUAUUUAAUGACUCUCUGGAGUUAUUUAAUGUUGU